AUGAGUGCUGUAAAAGAAACAGAGCAAGAAGCUGGAAACGUGACAGUAAUGAAACUACCGGUGUUACCAAAUAAUCCCCACACUCACAGCAACUCUCUGUCAUCACCCAUUCACAGUUCUAUGGCAGCUUCAGUCCCUUUUAGCUGGGAAGAAGAGCCUGGAAAGCCCAAGCAACACUCUUCUUCUUCUUCCUCCUCUUCCUCCUCACCAUUAACUCCUUAUUCCUCAUCUUCACCUGAAACCCACAAGUGUUUGGAGCUACCACCAAGGCUACACUCACUUGAAAAAGAUGGAGGAUCAGUUACAAAACUAAACUCGCCCAACACGGUCUUUGAUGGACCUUACAGCAUGACGAGGUCAAGAAGAUUGGAUUCACCUUCUUUUAGGAUGAUGGUGAAGGUUAGUGGUGGUGACUGUUAUGGGUCUUUCAGGAGCGACAUCUAUGGCGAUCUAGAGGAUGUUGAUGAGGAGACCAAGCACCAGAACAUGAGUAGUGGCUCUUUAGCUCUUGUGAAGAAGAGAGGGAGAUUAGGGUUUUUCGGGUUUAGGAAGAGGAGAGCAUUAAAGGGGAAAACAGAGUUUGGUAGAGGUAGUUAUGUGUUUCCAUCUUCUGUGGACAGAGAGAGUGAAUGCGGAAAAAAUGAGGAAGAAGGAGAAGACAAAAGCUUUGGCUAUGGUGAUGGUAUUACUUGCAGCCAAAGCAGCAGGUUUAGUGAAGUGAAGAUCACAAACAUUAGCAGAACAGGAAGCUUCACUACUGAUCUGCCUGCACCACCUUCUUCUUCAAAGUCUCACUUCUGGACGAAUGUGUAUGCAGGACUAAAGCAAGUGGUUCCAUGGAAGAACAAGAAGACUACAGGUUGA